CUGGUCUUUGUGGUUGAAUCUGUGCUUGAAAUUCACUACUUGAUUGAGGGACCUUAAAGAUAAUUGUAUGUGUCAGGGUACAGAGAUGGGGUAGUCAUUCAAAAAUCAUGCUACCCACUACUAUUGAACACGGAAUGAGUCCAUGCAACUUCUUAAAGAGAUUUGUUAAGCACAUUUUACAUUCUGAACUUAUUAAGGCUUGCCAUAACGAAGGGGUUGAAUACUUGACUAACAUUUCAGCUUCACAUUUUUUAUUGAUUGCAAAACGUUUCUACAGGCAAAAUUCCACUUUGACAUUAUGGUAUAUCAAUUUUAAUAUUCAGGCUGUAACACAACAAAAUGUGGAAAAUGUUAAGGGGUGUGAAUACUUUCUGAAGGCACUUUAGGGCUCUGUCACCCUAACAUAGCAUGGCCUCACUGUGAAGUCGAGUCAUGAGUUAAUUUAGCCUAAAACUGUCUAAUUCCAAUUGUCUGUUAUGAGUAGCAUCAUAUCCAUGCAAACUCUACAAAAAUACACAUUAGCCUACCUCAAACUUCUCAGCUUCUGCAGUGCAAUUCCUUGAAGCCUUCGGUCAUGCAUUGCAAAUGUGUUUAGUGGCAAUGUCAGUCAACCUUGCUAAAGAAAGUAGAGUCCUCACUUCCAGACAGAUUGAUUGGCUACUAUUCAUUUCGCAAAUAAUCCUGAUUGGACAGCUCUCUUGUCUGCUGCAGUACCGCAUACAGUCACUAUCACGUCUCCCCCACUCCUUUCUUGCGGUGAGAUCAGAUGCAGAGCCCAGCGCAGGACGGACACAGUUUCAGCACCUCUUGUCUUGGUGGGAUGUAGACAACUAGACCGGCGGAGUAUGCAGAUGGCUUGUGAUCAUUAAACACAGCUCAUUGCAGUCCAUAGCUGGGGAAGCAGCAGCUGCUGGGAGCAGGGCUGGAUCCUGAUAACCUACACCCAGGAGAGAUGAUGGGGGGAGAGAAUGGAGGACUGAGCGACUGCCUGCCUGUUACGCGAAUGCAGUAAGAAGCCAAGAGAUGGAGUGAAGAGGAAAGAGCCUAUCGUUAAGGGCAGGAGCCAGCUGUUUGAGAAUCAAGUGCUGGCGAGAAGAAUGCAAGGGAACACCCCUAAUGGAAUGGAAUAGUUCAAUGGCUGCAUUGAGGAAAAACGACAACCCUCCUUUUCAACCAGAAUCCCACCACUAGUCUGUAUUAAAGCAGUCGAGGGUACUGAAUUAAUGUCAAGCAUCUCGUGGAGGCAGCAUCAUGCUGCACCGCUGGAAGUAGCUGGAGGACCACCCAUGGAGAUUCCGCCUUCUCGACGUUCUCAAUGCUCCUAACACACACCAAGUAAACAGAAAUGCCUUCAAAGGUCAGCUGCUUAUACUUGUUGACGGUCGUUUGCUGGGCUAGCGCUCUCUGGUACCUGAGUCUGUCCCGUCCCUCCACCUCUUACGUGGGCCAGCUGUCCAUCCCCAUCCGCCAGAAGACCAAGCUCACCAAGAACGUGACCUUCAACAAUAUACGGACUCGGCCACUCAACCCACACUCCUUCGACUUUGUCAUCAAUGAGCCCAAGAAGUGUGAGACGGUGGCACCUUUCUUAGUCAUCCUGAUCAGCACCACCCACAAGGAGUUUGAUGCACGUCAAGCGAUUCGAGAGACGUGGGGCGACGAGAGCACGUUCGGCGAUGGCGUUCGCGUCCUCACACUCUUCCUGCUUGGGAGGAACACGGACCCGGUGCUCAACCAGAUGGUGGAACAGGAGAGCCAGAUCUUCCACGAUGUCGUGGUGGAGGACUUCAUAGACUCCUACCACAACCUCACCCUCAAGACCCUGAUGGGCAUGCGCUGGGUGGCCACCUUCUGCUCCAAGGCACAGUACGUCCUCAAGACGGACUCGGACAUCUUCGUCAACAUGGAGAACCUGGUCUACAACCUCCUCAAGCCCACCUCCAAGCCGCGGAGACGCUACUUCACGGGCUACGUCAUCAACGGAGGUCCGAUCAGAGACAUGCGCAGUAAGUGGUACAUGCCCAGAGACCUUUACCCUGAGGCUAAGUACCCGCCUUUCUGCUCGGGCACUGGGUACGUGUUCUCGGCAGAUGUGGCCGAGCUCAUCUACAAGACGUCCCUGCACACCAGACUGCUCCACCUGGAGGAUGUGUACGUGGGGCUGUGUCUUCGCAAGCUGGGCAUACACCCCUUCCAGAACAGUGGCUUCAACCACUGGAAGAUGGCCUACAGUCUAUGCCGCUACAGACGGGUCGUAACGGUCCACCAGAUCUCCCCGGAGGAGAUGCACCGCAUCUGGAAUGACAUGACCAGCAAGAAACACCUCAAGUGUUAAUCAGCUACCUACAGUUAGUGCCAAUAUGAGGAGGUCCGGAAUUCUUCUUCUUCUCCUUUAUUGCUUCUUCUCUUCCUCCUCCUCUGCCCCUUCCUCCUCUUCCGAUCUCUGCUUUUCUUUGUCACUGUACAGCACAUGACCCUGAGGGAACAGUACUGUAACAAUAACCGUCUGGCCGUUUGCAUAGUCCAAGAGACGCUUCGCUAAAAGCCUCUUUAUCAGACCAAGGUUUCUCUCUGCCGUUGUAACUCCUGCAUUCUCCCUCGUAGCUAUUGAUGAGUUUAAAGGCCACAGGUAAGAAAAGAAAAUAAUUAUAGACAUUUUCAGAAAUACAUUUGAUUAAAAUGACUCUAUGACUUUACUUUACUCUUAUGAAAAUCAAAUGAUGUCCCACAAUGCAACAGUAUGCCAUUUGCACCAUAUGUUGUUUAUGAGAUGACAUCACUAAAACACAGAGGUAGAAGCUUAGCAGUGGAACAGAAUAGCUCAGAUGCUAUUAGGCUAAUCUAUGUAGGCAACGCUGCUAAUUUACAGAAAAGGUCUGGCCCUGUUACUGAAGUAGUAGGGAUGAUAAGAAAUACCAAGAUAUACAACCUAUGUAAAAUGUUCUGCUGUCAGUUAGGUUGAUAAUGAAUGUCCACUCUUAAUUUGUAUAUUUAAUAAAGAUGUAUUUGUGGGAUAUACUGUUUUGGUACCUCAACAGAUGUUGUCAUAGUGAAAAGACCAUGAUAAGUAUACGUGCUGUAAACAUAGAUUGAGUGUUCAUUGGAAUGAUCUAAGAUUGUUAGAACAGGAGACUAACAGUUCACUGGACCUACUGUGUGACACGACGGACACACUUGCCUCUGCAAUUGAGUUGUAAUAUACUGUUUUAAAGAUCAAACCUAUUUUCUUACUAUGUAUUUGGAGUCCUUUGUAUUGUACUAGGUAGAGAAUGGCUUCAUUUCUUGGACACCCGUAUUUCUUAUGGGACGGUACAAAUGGCGAUGUAACAAUAUUAACCACAUGCAUUCCCAGGUGAAUGUUAUUCUAUCUGUAUGUGAUGUGCAAUAACGUCUUCGCUCUUUAAGCCGCGCUGUGACGAGACAGACUGCAGAGUGUUAUAUUUUAUAUUACUUGAAGCCGCAUUACAUUAAAGACGUAUUUCAUUUGAGAGUGUAUCCCUUUUUGUCCCGCGUAUUUGGGAUUUUAAAAAGGCUGUAAUUUAUUGUGUGUGAUCCUACUAAGAGGGCAGUUUAUAAGAUUGUUUAAUUAUUCAAUGAGUUUUAUUUCAAUACAUGCAGUAGACUGCCAAAUACCUAUUUAUACCUGAACUAAUGACUUCAGCUUUACCCAAGUCCCUCUCUGUAGUUGCAGUGCAUCCGGUAAUGAAUUGUAAACAUGUUCGGCGCUCAUUAAGAUUGCCUAUCAACACAACUCUCUGUGUAAAGCUGUCAACACGCCAUGAACAACUACUCAGAGAAACGCCUUCAUGCUAUGACUCUGAACUACUCGACUGAAUACUCAAUAUUUGCAUUUGUAGAGGUGUGUGUGUGUUUUGAGUUGUCAAUUAGGCUCCCCAUUAGCUGACGCCAUUGGCGACAGCUAGUCUUACUUGGGUCCGACACAUACAUUACAGACAUUUAAAAAUGUGUGUGUGUGUGUGUGUGUGUGUGUGUGUGUGUGUGUGUGUGUGUGUGUGUGUGUGUGUGUGUGUGUGUGUGUGUGUGUGUGUGUGUGUGUGUGUGUGCGUGUGUGUGAUGUAAGAAUAGAGCUCCAGUAAUUGGUUCUUCCUAUCUGUGAGAGCAGGUUUGUCAGAUGCAGACAGGUGUGUGUGUGUGUGGCGGAGGUGAGAACACUUUGAAACACAAGUUUACCAUCAUGGCUCCUGGGAGCCUCUAGGGAGUGAGGUAGAUUCUAUAUAGAACAAAAGGGGAUUCUCAACAGUAUAUAUGUUGAACACACAAAGACACACUGUGGUAAAACAUUUACAGUGUUCUCACAAACAAUAUUGUCAUGAAAUCUUUGGGGACAAACACAUCCCUAUGUCCUAACCGUUUUCCUCAAAAUAAGAGUAUUCCCAGAUGCUGUUCUGGUUGAAAAUCUAUUUGGUUAACUUGUGAUCAACUUGAAACCCCUUGAAAUGUAAUUGGACUUUUAAUACUGUAGAUAAAUGGUGUUUUGAUGGCUUGCUCCAUUCUAAAUGGAUCCACUUAACCACAUGUUCAUUCCCAGAGAUUGUUCAGUAGAAUGGCCAUUUAGCUGAUGGUUUUCUAUUAAAUGACUCACGGGUGAUAUAUUCAC